ACACUCCUCGCCGUGAACGGGAUGCAGGUUGGUGCCCUGCGGGGUUGAGAAAUUACAAAUAGAUAUACCCUUUAUAAACAAAGCCCAGUCUGUCAUGGGAGAGCAGUCCUGUGCAGCAAUCAGCCUCAGGACGCCAUGGCAUUGUCUCACAGGGGGGGUGGGGGGCCAGUAGGUGGCAGUCGUGUCCCACUAGCGGGGUCCACAUGGGAGAGAGCUUCUUCUACAUCCUCAUGCUGCUUUUCUCCCCCUGCUGUGGCUUUUAGUCCCACAUAAAUAGGAUCUCCACAUAAAUAACAAUAAGGGUUUGUUUUCUCUUAUUGGAACUGACCAAUGAAGGAAUAAAAGGAGGGAAAGGGUUCAUGUACCUGGGAGGAUCAGGCUCCCCCCGCACAAGGAGCUGUGGAAGUUGACGUUUGUUAGAGGGAGACAAUAUUUCUUUGCUCACACUGUUGUCCUGACGGCAUGUCUGACUGACAAUCCACCACCAGCAGCAGCAGCAGUCACUGUCGGAAUGGUCUCAUUCUGAGAGCACAGCUUGUUAGUGGGAGGUACACGAUUCCACCUCCCCGAACUUAAUUCCAUGUCUGCUCCUCUCCGCGCGUGGAGGUAAACACACAAAAAGACGCACGGUGGCCCUUCGGAGGCGCACAGGCGGCGCUAAUUUGGAAAAUCCUCCGCAGUCCAAAGAGGAGAGAAGGACUGAGGCGUUUGUGGAAAAAAGGAGCCGGAGGAGGAGGAGGAUGAGGAGGGGGGGGAUGUUUUAGCAGAUCAUGGCGCGCCAAGGAAAGGAACAGGUACACGGAGCGAAGGCGCACGAGUCAUGAGCUCCAACUCAGGUUUGGUGCAGGGGAUGUGUGUGCAGUGAGGGCUCCUUCACGUUGACAGGAGCCCCCCCAAUGAUUUGUGUGUAUGUGGGGGGAAACCCAUGGGAUCCUGUCUUUCGUUUUUUGGGGAUCCAUCCCGCUUUUGACGCAUUCUUGGAUGUGGAGCGGCGCAACCUGAAGCGGGAGAUCACGUUUGAUCGCGCAAACUUUACCACAUGUGCUUAGGCUUCAGCUGCUGCAGGACUGCUGUCAUCCACGGGGGGAGAAGAAGUGAGCGCGUCUUGAAAAUUGUGCAAUGGAUUGCGCCACGAGAUUCAACCCGGCUGGAUGACAAAUACGGAGCCCGAAUAAGGGGACUUGAUGAAAACUUACACAUAAAGACGUCGGCGAAGGGACGUUAAAGCAACCACACCUCUGCUGCUCAGCGUCUGGAUGAUAGUCUGCCGAACUGACGGGAUCUAAGCCGACCUGGACACAGACCACAGGCGCGUCCGCCUGCAUGCGCACACUUUCAACUUCUCGAUUGUGGUCAAACGCGCGGAGGGAGCGCUGAUUUCCAACGACCUGACUUAAUCACCGGGAGAGAAGAUGUGACCACAACGGGUAUCGGCUUCAAUCAGGAGAUCAGUUUCAACAAUGGCACUUGUGGGCACCUCCGCGUCCCAAAAGAGGUGGAAAUGUCCUCUGCAUUAUGGGUUACCAUCGCUGUGAGAGUUAAACGCACGCCAUCCGGACUAAUGUAUGGAUUAUAUCUCCUUUUGAAAGUGGGAACGCAGUGAGAAAGUCACACCACGGAUUCUGUAAAAAUCAUCGAAAAUUGGGAGAUUUUUUUCCCCCUUUUUCGCUCCCAAUGCAUUUUUGUCCCUUCUUCAUUUUGGGAGGGGGGAAGUGGAAGAGGGACAAUCUAAAGCAGAGGUCCACCAGAGCUGGCGUCUAAAUGAAGUUGCCAUGAUAGACUGGAAGCUAUGAGGAGGAUCACAACCCUUUGGAGCUCUUCUUGAACUGCCAGUGCACCUGAAUCCUCGUCAGAAGGAGUGAGGGACCAGUCAAUGAAUUAUGAAUGUUCAACAAGAUGACAUCCUCCCAGAAGCUGCAGAUGAUGCGAGGUCCUAGGUGGAACCGGGCCUUGUCCGACCAUUUACUUGUAUUGCUCCUGGCCCUCCAGCUGCUUGUGGUGGCAGGACUGGUGCGUGCUCAGACGUGUCCCUCUGUCUGCUCCUGUAGCAACCAGUUCAGCAAAGUCAUUUGCACCCGCAGAGGCCUGAGAGAAGUUCCCGAUGGCAUUUCUACCAAUACACGCUACCUGAACCUGCAGGAAAAUCUCAUUCAAGUCAUAAAAGUGGACAGCUUCAAGCACUUAAGACAUUUAGAGAUUCUCCAGCUGAGUAAAAACCACAUACGCAAGAUAGAACUUGGGGCUUUCAAUGGACUUGCCAGCCUCAAUACCUUGGAACUUUUUGAUAACCGCCUCACCAUCAUCCCUAUCGGAGCAUUUGACUACCUAUCAAAACUUAAAGAACUUUGGCUUCGGAAUAACCCAAUAGAAAGCAUCCAAUCUUAUGCUUUUAACAGAGUUCCUUCAUUGAGAAGGCUGGAUCUUGGAGAGCUCAAACGCCUUUCCUACAUAUCAGAGGGAGCCUUUGAAGGGCUAAGUAAUCUGCGUUACUUAAACUUGGGAAUGUGCAAUCUGAAGGAAAUACCUAAUCUUGUUCCGCUGGUAAAGCUGGACGAACUUGAGAUGUCUGGAAAUCAGCUGUCUGUAAUCCGGCCCGGUUCCUUUAAAGGGCUUGUCCACUUGCAAAAGCUUUGGAUGAUGCAUGCGCAGAUCCAAACCAUUGAGAGAAACUCCUUUGAUGACCUGCAGUCACUCGUGGAGCUUAAUCUUGCUCACAACAACCUUACCCUUUUGCCCCAUGAUCUCUUCACCCCUUUACAUCACCUGGAGAGGGUGCACUUACACCACAACCCUUGGAAUUGCAACUGUGACAUCCUGUGGUUAAGCUGGUGGCUUAAAGAGAUGGUUCCAGCCAACACAAGUUGCUGUGCCCGCUGCAGCUCGCCCUCCCAUCAUAAGGGGCGGUACAUUGGCGAGCUGGACCAGAAUUACUUUCACUGUUAUGCUCCUGUUAUUGUGGAGCCUCCUGCAGACCUAAACGUGACAGAGGGAAGUGCUGCAGAGUUGAAAUGUAGAGCCAGCUCGUUGACCUCAGUCAGCUGGAUUACACCCAACGGCUCUAUCAUGACACACGGUGCGUACAAGGUCAGAAUCUCCGUGUUGAACGACGGUACGCUGAACUUCACCAAUGUCACCAUGCAAGACACUGGCACGUAUACAUGUAUGGUCAGUAAUUCUGCAGGGAACACAACAGCGUCUGCAACCCUCAACGUGUCUUCUACAGAGAACAGCACUUUCAGCUACUUUACUACAGUGACAGUGGAGACGAUAGAAACGACGCAUGAAGGCUUCACUACAAUCGUUCAGCAGAAGGUGGGCCCCACACCCUCUGCUGGUACAUGGGAGGCCAUUUCCCCAACUUCUACAACCACCACCACAGUCCGAACCUCACUGUCCACCCGGGUCACAGAGAAGACCUACACUAACCCCGUCACGGAGGGCUCAAUGAAUGGCUUAGACGAGGUAAUGAAGACAACCAAGAUCAUCAUUGGCUGCUUUGUUGCCAUAACACUUAUGGCAGCUGUCAUGCUGAUCAUCUUUUACAAGAUGCGUAAACAGCACCACCAGCAGAACCACCACGCACCAACACGCACCAUUGAGAUAAUCAAUGUGGACGAGGACUGCGGGGGACCAGGCAUGGAAGGCCAUUUGACUCUGCCUCCUCUUGAGCAUGAGCACCUGAACCAUUACAACACCUAUAAGUCUGCAUACAACCACGCCUCCACUAUCAAUUCCAUACACAGUUCAGCCCAUGAACCUUUGUUAAUCCGUGCCAGUUCUAAAGAUAAUGUGCAAGAGACUCAAAUCUAAAAAUUUGUGGACCAUAAAAAAAGUCAAUAAAUGGAACUACAUAGUGGCAUUACUGACAGGACGAUGCUUACGAUCUGUCAGGAGAACUGGAACUCAAACAUGGAGGAAAAGACUGGUAUCCAGACAAAAAGGACUGGUUGGUGAUGUUAUUUCAGUGACUUUGGAAUCAAGAGUAUGUCUACUGUUUCAAAAGUGUCUUUACAAAACAGAAGCUAUUUAUUUAAGAAAAAAAUAUUGUGGUUGAAUAAAAAAAAAUAAUAAUUCAGCAUUUUUUUUCAUCAUUUAAUCCACGGUUUUCUUUUUCAUUUCUUGUCAUUUCACAAGAUUGUUUUAGGCAUCGGAUAUGCUUUUAUGAGUAAGGGCGUAUGUGUCGAAGAAAAAAAAGUUAAUUAUGAUUGUAUUUGAGUUUUUCCUGCAGUGUAACAACAUAUUAAAGGUCGGAUGUGUAACCACAUUUUCUUUAGGUAACAAAGAAAUUUAAAGCACAUUAGGGAUUUCUCCAGCUGUGGAUGAAGUGAUGAAACCAUUUUAGACCAUCUGGAUCUGAAUUAAACACUUGUAUGUCAUGUUGUGCUGAGUAACAAAAUUAAAUUUAUUUUUUUAUUUUACCAUAAUCCAUCAUUUACUUAUACCAAUUGUUUACAAUUCUGACACUUAAUACAAGACCAUUCAUUUUGCUUUCUAUUGCUGUUAUUGUCAAAAACUACUAUCAUUGAUUUUUUUUCUUCAAUUAAUAAGUGCUAUUGAUUUUUAUGUUUGUUUUUGAUGUGUACGCUAAAUAUGAUUUCAUCCCUAAUCCUAAAUCUGUUUUGACUCAACUCCCUAGGCUCUGUCAGACAUCAUUUUAUUGUUACAGGAAACUUAAUAUUGACUGCAUUAGAGGCGAUCCAGAUUCUGAAAGUCAAAACGACAUUAAUGAAUACAUUAUAAACAUUAUUCUAAUUGAGCAAAAUGAAAAUCAUAUUAGUCCUAAUGCAGCUAAACCUGACUUUAGCUGCUUGGCCUUCCUGCAUUACAAGACGGCGACUUUGAUGCAAACUUUUACAUACAGCAGGAGUGCUGUCAGAAUCAGAUUGAUCUCAAGGCCUUCAUCCAGCUGUCUGAGCACAUUGUGCCACAUCUAAGUGCCACAUUUUGACAUGGAGAUCCUUGGCAGCCCCAGAUUCUCAGCAUGCCCCUGCCAACCAUAAGACUUGGCCCUCAGUGGCAAGACGUACAAAAGGCUUUACAUUCAGGCUUGAACGUAUGAGAUCAGGCAUCGAGCAGAUGUUGGAGUUGCACCUGCCUUUCUCCCUCUCCCUUAGCAACAACACAAUUUACAUUUUAAUUGAUGUGCCCAUGGGCUUUGGAUGGACACAGCUCUGCAGGCUUCCAUAUCCUGGAAACCAUUUCAAAGUCCCCACUGUGAAAAAUGGUGCCAGGGACCAUAAAUGCAGUGGUUAGGCAGACAUUUGGCAGAUGGUACAAGAUUUAUUUCAAGUAAGUGAGUGCUCAAGGUAAGAUUUAUACAAAUUUUAUAUUCAAGAAAAAUAUUUUAUGUGGACUGACAGUACAUUACGCAAACCUAAAUGCCAAUACGCCCACAACUUUAAACAAUCUGUGUAAGAUUGACUAUGCAGUUCGUCUGUGUGUUCAUUGUGUUUCAGGUAAAAUUUAUCACUGAAAAUUAUUAGUUUUUUUUUUUUUCAUUUUACCUUCAACAUGGUUAAUUUUUUAACUUUAAAAGAUUUGCAUAGAUAAAAGCUGAAAUACUCUACACUAUUAUUUUGAACUCAAAAUUAGUUUAAGUGCACAAGAAAGAUUUAAACCUCAAAGAGAAAAUUAGAUUUAUGAAAUAUGGAGGCUGUGUCACAAGUUUAUUAUAUAUAUUUACAUUUAUUUGUAGAAUUCUAAAAUAUAUCAAUUUGGAAAAUAUAAAUAUGAUAUAAAGAACUAACAAAAUGUCAUAUAAAGUCCACUCAUUCGUCUGUCAGUGACCCACAACAACAAACUGUUGUGCAAUAAAUAAAUAAUGAAAAUUACAAAUACAAAAUACAAAAUGUAGGCCAGAGAAAAAAUACAUUUAGCUGCAGCAUAAACAAUUUGUUUUAUGAUUGGUAAUUAGUUAAUAAAUGCUAAAUUUUUUUCAAAAGUUUGAAAAUUCCUUUUAAAAAAGUGGUUAUUAAAUUGAAUUCAAUUAUAAGCAACAAUAAAGGUUUUCCUCUUUUUUUUCUUUAAAUAAUUAAUUCCACAACAGCAAAUCUGUGCACAUCCCAUAAUAGUUUUGAGCUGGGAGUGGCUCCUUUUUCUGUGUUUCAGUUGUAUAUGUAGAUCACAAGAGAGUCUCAAUUUAUUCUGGAAAGUGUAACCAUUUCUCCUCACAUUUAGUUGAAGGUAAAAUGUCUGAAAACGUCAAUGGUAAAUUAGUUGCAUUUUAGUCGCGGUGUCUCAUGGAUGUAAGAUAUCGAAAUAUGUUUGCUCCACAUUCCUGGUUUCUUUUCUACACAGUUUUUUUUGUUUUCUGAAUCUUCUGAGAGGGAAUGCUGUUUUAGUGGUAGAUUUGUAUAAAACACAUUUUGAGAAUAAAAAUAAGAAAUAAAAAAAAGUUUCUUUUUUUUUCCAUGUGCCAACAACCUGUUCUAAAAGUGAACAUAGAGAAACAUGCUGUAACAAAAUAAGAGAUUGAUUUUCAUGUACACAUUAUUUCCUGACCUUUAAAAAAUAUGAAGAUUGAUUAUAGAGACCAGAGUUUGUAGUUCAUACACAAAACAUGGUUAAAAUAAAAUAUUGUUGUUUUUU